AUGGAAGAUAGACUUCAGAUGGACAAUGGGCUGGUACCUCAAAAGAUCAUUUCUGUGCACUUGCAGGAAUCCACUCUGAAGGAACUUAAGGACCAGGCCUCAGUGAAGCAAGACGAGCUCAUACAGCCGAACCCUGACUCUUCUGUAGAGAUUCAGCCUGACCAGGACACGAUGGCACGUGUUGGCAAAGAGGUCCCUGAGGUUCUCGGGGAAGAGGCCAAGCAGAGCCAAGGCAGUGCCACCGGGAGAGGGCCUGCUGAGGAGAGUGACCGAGGGGCAGGCUCUGUUGAGCAUCAUCACCUCCAUCUGUCCAGCUGCCAUGAGUGUUUGGAACUUGAGAACAGCACCAUCGAGUCUGUCAAGUUCGCAUCAGCCGAGAACAUUCCAGAUCUUCCUUAUGAUUACAGCAGCAGUUUGGAGAGUGUUGCUGAUGAGACUUGCCCUGAAAGAGAAGGGAGGAGAGUCAGCAUCGCAGGCAAGACCCCCAACAUUCUGGUCUAUGUGGGCCCAGAUUCCACAGAAUCUCUCAGCAGAUGCCAGCAGGCCCGUGCCGUUCUGGCCGACUGUGUGGACUCCGACUGUUACACUGUCUACCAGCUGCUGGAGGACAGUGCCCUCCAAGACCCGUGGUCAGACAACUGCGUGCUGUUGGUCAUCGCCACCAGGGAGCCCAUUGCUCAAGUCUUACACCAGAAGGUCAUGGCCUAUCUUUCUCAGGGAGGGAAGGUGCUAAGCUUGUCUUCAUCCUUCUCAUUUGGUGGCUUCCAAGUAACACGCAAGGGGGCAGCACUGAAGACAGUUCAGAACCUGGUUUUCUCCAAGGCUGACCAGACAGAAGUGAAGCUCAGUGUCCUGAGCAGCGGGUGCAUCUAUGAGGAGGCUCCCGGGGCGCAGCCCAGCUCGGGCAGGCUCCAGGGCCAUCUGGACAACGAGGACAAGGACAGGAUGAUCGUGCAAGUGCCUUUUGGAACACGUGGAGGAGAAGCUGUUCUUUGCCAGGUACACUUAGAACUACCUCCCAGCUCACUGAUUGUACAGACUCAAGAAGAUUUUGAUUUGCUCAAAUCAAGCAAUUGCAGAAGAUAUGAAGUCCUUGAGGAGAUCCUGAGUGCGCUUGGCAUAAGCUGUGGGAUGAGACAAGCUCCUACCUUAACGCCUCUCCACUUACUGCCAGCUGCUGAGGAAACUUGGAAUCCUCUUAUGCAGUGGCUGGAGAAACAUGUGGACCCUGAAGGCGUAAUAAAGUCCAGCAAGGUCUCCCUUAAAUUUGUUCUGUCCUGCACAUCUGAUACAGAAAUCACUCCAUCAUCUUUCCCUGUUGUUACUGACUGGGAGGGCUUCUCGUCAGAAAAUUUUAACUUAGAGAUCUACCGGCAAAAUCUGAAGACAGAGCAUCUUGGAAAAAUAAUUCUGUUUGCUGAAGUGACACCCACCACAAUGAGCCUUCUGGACGGGUUGAUGUUUAAGACGCCACAGGAAAUGGGUUUAAUAGCCAUCGCAGCCCGGCAAACACAAGGCCAAGGCCGGGGAAGGAACGCUUGGCUGAGCCCCACUGGAUGUGCGCUGUCUACUCUGCUCAUCACCAUCCCUCUGAAAUCCCAGCUGGGACAGCGCAUCCCUUUUGUGCAGCAUCUUAUGUCUGUGGCCGUGGUGGAGGCUGUGAGGUCCCUCCCUGGGUACCAGGACAUCAACUUGCGAGUGAAGUGGCCCAACGAUAUCUAUUACAGUGACCUCAUGAAGCUUGGUGGUGUUCUGGUUAAUUCAACGCUGAUGGGAGAAACAUUCUAUAUACUAAUUGGCUGUGGAGUGAAUGUAACUAACAGUAACCCCACCAUAUGCAUCAAUGACCUCAUCAUAGAAUACAACAAGCAGCAUCAGACAGACCUGAAGCCCCUAAGUCCUGACCUCCUCAUCGCAAGAACUGUGACCCAGCUAGAGAAACUCAUCAGCACGUUUCAGGACAGAGGGCCCAAUGGCGUGCUUCCACUGUAUUAUAAAUAUUGGGUACACAGUGGACAGCGAGUCCGUCUGGGAAGUGCCGAGGGGCCAGAGGUGUCCGUAGUCGGCCUAGAUGAUUCUGGGUACCUUCAAGUCCAUCAGAAGGGCAGUGUGGUGGAGACGGUGCAUCCAGACGGCAACUCCUUCGACAUGAUGAAAAACCUCAUCCUUCCCAAAAAGCAUUAG